GGGCCUCACCCGGAACCGAGGCACGCUCCGCGCCUCUCCGUUUGCUUCCCGGGCACCGGAGACCGGUACCGGCAGCGGGAGACUCGUCCCGGCUCGGCUGGGCUCUCCUCGGCUCGGUUGCUGACGCCCCGUUUUCCCUCUCCCCUCCCUCCCCCCCCUCCCUUCCCCACCCAGGCCGCGCGGGUGCCGCCAUGUCGUCGGUUGCGGCCGCCAGCUGCGAGCCCAAGGGCGGCGGGGAGGCGAAGGGGCAGAAGCAGCCGCUGAAGCCCUGCUGUGCCUGCCCCGACACCAAGAAGGCGAGGGACGCCUGCAUCAUUGAGAAGGGGGAAGAAAAUUGUGGACACCUAAUUGAAGCCCACAAAGAGUGUAUGAGAGCUCUGGGCUUCAAGAUAUGAGUGAGAUGAGCAGGACUGUGAGUGUGAUGAUGCCUGUUGUGUGACUGGUGGACUGGAAGGCUGAAAAAUAAACUAUUUCUGCAAGUUACUUCAAAGGACAAAUAUGAACAAAGUAUCUAUUUAUAAGAGUCUUUAAUUGUAGACUAGUCAUGGUGUACACAUCUGCAGCUUUUCCACUAUUAGCUCUUCAUUGCUGCUAUAGAAAAAGUUUAUUUUCCCCCUCUUAUUUAAAGUCUAAAAUGACCAGUGUUCCUGACUUCUGUUUCUUUUUGAAUAAAAAGUGACAAUGGUCAUUCAAAA